AUGGAUUCUCAGGACGGGAUUUCCGUCCGGCCCAUGAGGCUAAAGGUACUGUAUACAUUCGAUAAUGACAAUAAAACGAAUUGCUUGGCCCGAUGGCCCCAUCUCCUUGACAUACAGACCGCCGCCUUGGAUGAGAAAACUCAGAUUGGAGUGAUCGAGCUCAAAACCUGCAUUCAAGCCAUUGUUUCUGCUAGUCCGGAAUUGGUCGCACAGCUGGGUCAGGAUUAUACUGUCUACGCCUAUGACUAUUCCGAAUAUGAGACGCCCCUCGUCGGACAGGGAAUGCUAUCAUGGGUUCUGGCGUCAUCGUCCCCAACACCCAAUGCACCGGCACACCAGUCAAUGACAAUGGUAACGGGCCGUGUUUGCAAGAACGUGCUGGGUUUGUUUUCAAAGGGUGCCCAGGAAACGCUGGAGGUUAAACUGCGCUUGGUGCCUGUACCGACGGCGAUGCAAAGCGAGUAUCUGCAAAGCAUGCAGAAAUACCGAGAACUAAGCAACGUUAUUCCGCACGAGUUCGAUGCCCAGACAUGGUCGGAUUUCAUACGCCAAAACCCUGACGUGAUGACACCUACAUCCCAGGCCACAGUCCAAGCACCAUCUCCGAUGGACCAUUCCGCGAUUGAAAAAUUCCACCAGAUUCUCAGUGCAGGCUCCACGCCAAGGGAAGCGAUGUCGAUGCCCACUCACCCUCAAUUUCGAUCCACAUCCCCUGUACAGUCCAAUCUCAGCACAGCAAGCAAAGUCCAGACCCCAGGGGGUCAAUUCCAGCCUCAGCAAGAACAGCCGCCAUCACGACCAUCAUAUUUGGAACGGAGCCAGAGCGACGUUAUCCGCCCUUCGUCUAGUGCUUCCAUGCGUGAUGCUGAUUUUCAGGCAUUUGCAAGCUCCGGCCGUAGGGAUUCGAUACAGUCGGGUUAUGGCAGUUGUGACGAAUCGGGUGAACAACAGCCACGGAAAAGAGCAAAGCUGUACCGAGCUGAAGCUCCUGGAAAAGCAGACCUAAAUAUCGAAAGACAGCCAAGCUCUUUGAGAGUGGCUGCCAGCACCGCAGCUUCUGUUCGGAUCCAUCGCCCGACACCAAUCAACCCUCUCAUUUCAGCGGCUCAGAAUUCAGGCGAAGAGCCGGUCCGGCCGCCUACUCCCAUUUCCGACAUGAACAGUUUACCCCGCCGUGCACGCCCUCUUCCAAGCCUCCUUCGGGAAUCAUCAAUCCAGAGCAACACUCAAUAUACCUCGCCGUAUCCCAUGAGCGAUGACCAUCCCUCGGUAGAACCGACUGCAACAUCGCCCGGGGAGACCCGGUACCAGGGUCUAUUUGAGCCAUCCUUCAGUAUGCCCUCUUCUCCACCGGUUUUGGAUUACGGGUUUCCCACUAGAUCUAGCCCAGUUCUUCCACCCAUGGCGGCUGAUCUGGAUUCUGGAUUCAUGAGCGGUGGUAUUGAUGAGCUAUUGGAUGAUGAGCUCGGCCCUCCACUUGACGGCAGUGCAAGGCCCGCAUCAAAAAACACGACCCGAUCAAAGCGAACUGUUCGCUCGGCCGCUCAAGCCAGCUCCCCCGCCAAUGUCAUUGAAAUACCCGAUACCCAACCUACGAAUCAUUCUGCCAGCGAGGGGGCUCCAGACCAGCAGUCGCAGCUACAGAACCAAGCCGAGAUUCUUCCUGCGAGUGAAGUACCCACUGAGCAGCAAAAACAACAGCAACAGGCCACGGAAGUUGCGGUUGCGCCUCCUCGCGCUUCUCAAAUAGCCUCACGACCUUCUUCACGACCUUCUUCGCGUGCUAGCGUGCGACAAACACACAAGCCGCUAGCUCCAGCUCCCAUCUCCCAGAGUGAACUGGAGCAACUUCUUAGUGCGAUUCCCGCCAGCGACCCAAUCGCUGGACAAUGGCCAGCACCCUCCAGUGAUAUUGGCACAGCUGAGACUCCAGGCCCGCAGCUCACUAGCGAAGAUGGCAAGCUUCGCAGCGGGGCAGGAGCCAGACGGCUGAAGCAGGUUAAGCAAGUCCAGGCACGUCUCGAGAAGUGUAUCCGGGACGGACAAGUUCCGCCAUACUGCGAGAACUGUGGCGCCAUCGAGACACCUACCUGGCGCAGAGCGCACUCCAAGGAAAUCAAGGGCGGCGAAGAUGAAGCAAAUGAACUCGCCAAGGACCCACUGGUGUUUUUCUGGCGAACAGUCGAUAAGGAUGAACAGGAAAAAGUCAUCAAGUUCAAGAUCUACAAGAAAAGCCUGGCGGACGCUGAUAAGGAUUUUGCUCAAGUCUUGCUUUGCAACCCUUGUGGUCUUUGGCUUCACAAGUUUAGGUUUAUGCGUCCUGAACACAAAUGGAACAAGACUAGUUAUAAAAAGAAGAAGCGACCCCCGAGAAACCGGAGGGGAGGCGGCCCACUCUCGACCGACAACCGCAACCGAAGCGAGUCAUCCAAACCGGACGCAUCGUCACCUGGAAUUUCGGACACAUCGUCACCAGCAGCUGACGAUGACGCCACCCCCUGUCCCGAUAACGACGUCCCCAAAACCGGCGAAGACGAUGAUUCUCAAGAGCGACCAGCAAAGCGCCGCCGCGCAAAUAGCGCGGAGCCCCGGAAGUCAUCUGACACGGCAGGAAGCCGCUGGCAAGAGAAAGAUGCAGCGGAAGCGCUUCAACGGGCUAUUCAGUCUAGCCCGGCUAGAAAUCUUGCAGUUCGCAAUGCUUCAGCCCCGGGCCAGUCAGUAUUAAACAGCCCUAAGCGAAGCUCGCGAAUCUCCAACAUCCAGGAAUCAAAUAAAGAAUCCCGCGAGAAAGAAAACCAGGCUGCAACUGGCCUGGACCGGCUUUUCGAGAGUCCCUCGUUCGAACUUGACAUGUGUGUCAGUCCCACUCCCAAGCGUCGAAACCAACGCCUGAAUGUUGGGGACAAACGGCACUCGCUUCCGUCCAUCUCACCGGCUGCUAAGUCUCGAAGAGAUGGGGCUCCGGAUACCACCCCAACUCGACACUCUGCACGUCGGCUCCAACGUGUCCAGAGCAGUCCGGGAUCUGCGUCUCGCCAGAAUCGAACGCCUGGGCGAUCUCGUUCUAAUUUCCCCGACCUUCCCGAAUUGUCUGAUGAUAUCUUUGGCACAGCGGCAUUCCAAGGAAUGGACGAUAUGAUUGUUGACAUUUUCUCGGACGAUGUGGCACUCAACACGGACUCAUUAUUUGGGCUCGACUCUAGGAACUCAACGCAUAACAACUGGAACGAUUGGCUCCCAUCAGAUUGCAUUUCCCCAUCCAGGUCAGAUGGAAAUCAGAAUAACGAAAAUUCGACGGACAUUAUAAAUGCGCUCCUGUCCGAUCCCGGUCUUCAGAAGGACAUGUUUCAGUACCCGGACCCGAGCGCCCUUGACUCGGGUUUCUUUAGUUCCGAUGCUCUUCAGGCUGGAAGAAUGGUGGUUGACGACAAAAAUGAUACGCCGGCAGAUCAAACCUCCGGCAAUUCUGAGCAAGUUUAG